UGCGCUUACUCUCUUGCCGUCUCGCAGUUCAUCGAGCUCUUUGACGAGGAGCUCGUCUUUGGCUAGAUGUAUGCGCCUCUGCUCGGACCUUCGCGCGAUCGUCCGACGAGGCUCGUCUUUGGCUAGAUGUAUGCGACUCUCCCCACGCCUUCGCGCGGUCGUCCGACAAAGCUCAACAUUGGCCAUGCACCACCAUGCUCCUCGAGCUCAAAGCUUGGGCGCCCUUACAUGGGCUUGGGACAGCCCUUCCACUUCAGUCAGGUGCAGCCUCACACUGGCACUGGUGCAGAGCGCGCGCGCACGUCGCACGUCGCACAUCAUCAUAUUGCGGCUUCCAAUUCCACCCUAGGACAAGUACAAGAAUGGGGUACACGCCAACCUGAGAACCCUGUACAUGCAUUCGAAGGCAGCGCAGAUAUACAAUAAGCCCGAGGAGAGCGCUCGACUCGGUACAGUCAGAUG